AUUAUAGAUGACCUUAUUCUUUAUUAAUGGUAACAGCCAGUUUAUGAUAAUAUUGAUAUGAUUCAAAUCAAUGUCAAAAGUUGUCAACACAGCAGAACUAAGCGUUUUGUUCUCCUCGCCGCUUUCGUCUCUGUCGCCAGUGCAGGCAUAGCAUCAGCACCAUUGGCGUACGCAUCCGGCCCUUUGAUAUCGGCACCGCUAGCUAAAGUAGCAGUGGCCGCACCAUUAGCUAAGGCCGUCGUAGCAGAAGAGUACGACCCCAAUCCACAAUACUCUUUCGGCUACGAUGUCCAAGAUGGUUUGACAGGCGACAGCAAGAGCCAAGUUGAAAGCAGAAGCGGAGAUGUCGUACAAGGUUCGUACUCCCUCAACGACCCCGACGGUACCCGUAGAACAGUCGACUACACCGCUGACCCCAUCAACGGAUUCAACGCCGUCGUACGCAAAGAACCCCUCGUUGCCAAAGCCCUCGUAGCCGCCCCUGUAGCCAAAGUAGCUGCUCCAUUCGCAUACGCCGCUCCUGUAGCUAAAUACGCAGCUCCUUUGACCUAUGCUGCCCCAGCCGCUCACCUCAGCUAUUCCGCUCCAGCUGCCCACGUCAGCUACGCCGCUCCUGCCGCUCAGCUCAGCUAUGCCGCACCAGCUGCCCACGUUAGCUACGCCGCACCAACUGCUCACUUAAGCUACGCUGCUCCAGCUGCUCACAUAAGCUACGCUGCACCAGCUGCUCACUUAAGCUACGCAUCUCCUGCCGCCCACUACAGCUACUCUGCUCCAGCCGCCCACUACAGCUACUCCGCUCCUAUCGCAAAAUACGCUGCCGGUCCAGCUUUGAGCUACGCUUCUCCUCUUAGUUACGCCGCUCCUGUAGCGAAAUUGGCUUACUCCUCUCCUAUUGGUUAUGCUGCUCAAACUCAUUUGAUCCAUUAAGUUCCUU